GCGGCAAAAGAAAGAAGGAGCGACGGAGGGAGAUGUUCAAGGGAGCAGAGCGACACCUCGAAGCCGAUCCUACAAAUCAAAAAGCUUACCAGGAGAACAUGGUUAAGCUUAAGGAAGUCAGUGUACACUAGUCAUUGUUAGAGGCAAGACAUGCUUUGGACUUGAUCUGAUAAGUGACUGAGAAACUGACAUUUUCAUUCCGGUCUUUCAGAUGUGGUCCUUCGUCAUUUGUGUCAGCCUGAUGGCGUGCCAAGGUAGCCUUGCAGAGAACUUUGAUUAUCAAGACUUCUCUGAAGUGGACUCCACCGAUCUUGUCAAGAAGUACGGAGAAGCAUACCCCAUCCAACGUCAAGAUGCGCUA